UUUUUUUUCUAAAAUCCACUUACUUACCAGCGAGAUUUUACGAGAUUAGACUUUUGAGAAAAACAAAUGAAAUGGCAGCUUCGAUUUUGUUUUGGAUUUUAUCCAUUUUAUACGGGCCUGUUGUAAUAGCAUUUAUCUGUGUAGUGGUAUUAGCAUCUGUUGGACAAUCACUUGGCGUUAGACAUCUUUUUACACAGUUCCUACUGUACAUAUUUGAGUUUGGAAGACAAAAGAUCAACACAAGUAAAAAGAAAAGACUCUCAAGAGAGGAACAAGCAAAAUAUGAGGAAUCCACGGUGCCAAAUGGAGAGAGUGUGUCCGUUAUUGAGAGAGAAAUCAGCUUAUCAGCCACAGAAGGUAUUCAGAUAGAAAACCAGAGGUCUCUUGAGACAAUGCAAAGAGAAUUUCAGAUUGAAGAUGCAAUGUAUUUCUGUAAAAGUGGCAUCGGGGCAAUAAUUGAAGAUGAUGUCACACAGAGAUUUUCAACUGAAGAAUUGCCAUCAUGGAAUCUACUUACAAGAACUAAUAUGAACUAUAGACAUUUGAGUGUCCGGCUCACAGUGUUGUAUGCUGUAGGAUUUCUAUUCAGAUAUGGAUUCCUUUUUCCAUUUAGAUUCCUCCUUGCAUUUUUUGGCAUAAGCUACUUAAUAAUUUGUAUGUCAUUAAUAGGAUACCUUCCCAAUGGCAGGAUGAAACGUACGAUAGUCAAACUGGCCUCUCUCAUGUGUAACCGUAUUUGUACUAGAUGUUUCUCUUCUGUUGUGAGGUUUCACAACCCAGAGAACAAAGCCAAGGGUGGUGGAAUAUGUGUUGCCAAUCAUACUUCACCUAUUGAUGUUAUCAUUCUUUCCACAGAUAAUUGUUAUGCAAUGGUGGGUCAGAGCCAGGGUGGUUUAAUAGGUAUGAUCCAAAGGGCAAUGGGCAGGGCCACAUCACACAUUUGGUUCGAGCGUUCAGAAGCAAAAGAUCGUAACCUGGUCACUAAAAGGUUAAAAGACCAUGUUGAAGAUAAAGAUAAAUGGCCUAUUCUCAUCUUUCCAGAAGGCACUUGUAUUAACAACACAUCUGUAAUGAUGUUUAAAAAAGGAAGCUUUGAAGUCGGAGGAGUCAUCUAUCCUGUUGCAAUUAAGUAUGACCCAAGGUUUGCUGAUGCAUUCUGGAACAGCAGCAAGCAGUCUAUGGUUCAGUACCUGCUCAUGAUCUUCACUAGCUGGGCCAUUGUCUGUGAUGUCUGGUAUCUUCCACCAGAGGUCAAGAGGGAUGAUGAGACUGCAGUGGAGUUUGCCAACAGAGUGAAGAAAGACAUUGCUAAGCAGGGAGGAUUAGUUGACUUGGAAUGGGAUGGUCAGCUUAAGAGAGCCAAGGUAAAGCCAGCUUGGAUGCAAAAGCAGCAGGAGUCCUAUAGCAAAAUGAUUAAGGUGGAGUAGUUCACACCAUUGCCUAAAGGUGUCGCUACAAAACAUUGUCCACCAUUUUGAAAUCAGAAUUUCAGUAUUUGUAAUUUACUGAGUUGCUUGCAUCAUCUAUAUUCAAUGCAUCAAUGUCAUGACAGUAUUUACCACAUGUACAGUAAAGCCUGUCUAAGUGUAACACCUUUGGUACCUCUAUGUGUUCCACUUGGGAGGUGUUCCACAUGAUAAAGGUACCUUUAACAUUAAGUCAGUUGAU